UCCAAUACUUGCAUGGAUUCAGAUGAAAGGUGCGAACCUUUGGUGAAAAUACCGGGAAAUGUUGUAUUUCCCCGUUGCGUUCAGCAACAAAUACGUCGUUUAUUACAACUUGUCUGCCCACAGUCAACAAGACUCUGUUGACGCCUGUAAGUGGCUUGUAUUUGUUGAGUUAGUCUGAAUAAACAACGUGCAGGUGACUCGAGUAUCCGCGGUGCGACUGGCCCUUUAAGGCGGGGCCCGGCCCGGUUCGUGGUCGCGGUCGCGGUCGUCCUGCUUCCCCGCAUCACCGGGCGCCUCGCUCCGGCAAGCUUCCGCACAAUCUGACACCUGCCGGCGCGGAUGGAAAAUUCGGAGCGGUGAGCUUCUUGUGAUGAUAAUGGAUCGAGUGUGACUCCUUCCUUGAGGUUCCUGCUUCCGUUGGACAUUCCAACUCUGUAACUAUGGCUACGUGUCAGCAAGGCUGCACACCGGCCGUGCGCCUUUGUCAGAGGCUGAACCGAGUCAAGACGCUCGAUGACGACAUGAUGGCCACGUCACUGAAACGCUGCCUUUCCACCCUGGACCUGACUCUCUUGGGUGUCGGCGGCAUGGUGGGCUCUGGCCUGUAUGUCCUGACAGGCACAGUAGCCAAAGACAUGGUUGGGCCUGCUGUCAUUCUGUCCUUCAUUUUUGCAGGUUUUGCCUCUUUGUUAGCGGCUUUUUGCUACGCAGAGUUUGGAGCACGCAUUCCCAAAACCGGUUCGGCCUACAUGUUUACCUAUGUCUCUGUGGGAGAGGUCUGGGCCUUUUUGAUAGGUUGGAAUGUGAUUCUGGAGAACAUGAUUGGUGGUGCUGCUGUGGCACGGGCAUGGAGUGGCUAUUUGGACUCAAUUUUUAACCAUGCCAUCCAGAACUUCACUGAAACCCACAUAAUGCGGUGGGACGUGCCCUUUCUUGCCCAUUAUCCUGACAUACUUGCAGCUGGGAUUCUAGUGGUUGCCUCACUCUUUAUUUCCUUCGGAGUUCAAGUGUCCUCCUACCUUAAUCAUAUCUUUUCCACCAUCAGUAUGUGUGUUGUAGUUUUUAUCCUGAUCUUUGGUUUUAUGCUGGCGGAACCGGUAAAUUGGAGCCAGAAGGAAGGAGGGUUUGCACCUUUCGGAUGGUCCGGAAUCUUGGCAGGCUCAGCCACAUGCUUCUACGCGUUUGUAGGUUUUGAUGUGAUUGCCUCCUCAAGUGAGGAGGCCAAGAAUCCACAAAAGGCUGUUCCCAUUGCCACAGCAAUAUCCCUUGGACUGGCAGCAACAGCCUACAUCCUGGUGUCCACGGUGCUUACAUUGAUGGUUCCCUGGCAUACGCUGGACCCCAACUCUGCACUGGCAGAUGCUUUUUUCCGUCGAGGUUACAGUUGGGCUGGAGUCAUUGUGGCAGUGGGUUCCAUCUGUGCCAUGAACACAGUGCUGCUCUGUAAUCUCAUCUCCCUCCCUCGGAUUGUGUACGCCAUGGCAGAGGAUGGUUUGUUCUUCAAAGUCUUUGCACGUGUCAAUCCUACAACCAAAGUCCCCAUCAAUGCUAUUCUGGUUUUUGGAGUCCUUAUGGCCACCAUGGCUCUCAUCUUUGAUCUGGAGGCUUUGGUUCAGUUCUUAUCUAUUGGAACCCUCCUAGCCUACACCCUUGUAGCAGCCAGCGUUAUCGUCCUUCGCUUCCAGCCCGAGAAAAAACGCUCCAAGGGGACUUCAGCAACAUCUCCCAAUCCAAAUGCAGAGCCGUCCCCCGCCGCCUCGGAAUGUCAGAACAUAUCAGAGGACAAUGAGGAGCCGAAAGAGUACGAGUCCUUCUCUGACAAGCUCCAGUUGGUGGAGAGGCAGAAGCAAAGGGAGCGAAGCGGGGUGGGGCAGCUAAGGGCCUGCUGGGAACCAUACCUGGGCCGGCUACUGGGGAACUGCGAGCCUGGGGAGGUGGUGGCCCUCUGUGUGCUGGGUCUGAUAGUGAGCGCCGUUUUCUUUUGUGGUGUGGUUGUAUUUGGCGCCACGCAGCUGCAACUCCCAAGAUGGAGCUAUAUCACCCUGCUGGUGAUUUUUAGUCUCGCUUAUGUUGUCUGCGUGGCAGUCAUAUGGGUUCAUGAGCCACAGACUAACACCAAAACAUUCCAGGUACCUCUGGUUCCACUUACUCCAGGCAUCAGUAUUCUCUUUAAUGUAUUCCUUAUGAUGAAGCUCAGUCCUCUGACCUGGAUAAGGUUCACUGUCUGGCUAGCCCUAGGUCUCUUAGUGUAUUUUGGCUAUGGAAUUUGGCAUAGUAAGGAGGGCAUGAGGGAGCUGCAACCCAAAGAUAUGGCUGCCCGCUAUGUCGUGCUGCCCAGCGGCAGCCUGGUGGAAACCGUGGAGUCUGUCCAGCCCGAACAAGCGGACGCCUCUGCAUCGCACGUGAACCCCGCCAUGACGACUGAGGAGUUUGCUGGAAAAAGAUGAUGUGUGAGCGAAUCUGAUGAUUACACCUGCCUGUUAUCUGCUGUCUUCUACCCUCGUCACGAUUGUUUACACUGCCUGUUGCUUUCUGUACUCAUCGCUCUGCAAGUGUAAGCACACCAAAGGAUAAGAUGUACAUCCUCUGUCUUAUUGUAAAGCAUAUUUGUAUAUCUUGUCAUGCUCAAAUGCAAAGUUGAGACCUUUCUUACUAAAAUCCAUCAUUAAACGCAGGCACAAAAAAGUCAGGAGGCCGUAGGUAAUACACUGUACGGUGCUUUUUCUGUAACAGCCUUUUGUGAGGUGAUUAGGUAUGAUUAUGAUUAUUGAUUAAUGAUAAACAAUUAUAAUAUGAUAAAUGAUGAUUAUUAUAUGCUUUUUUUUUUAAUGGACCUUUAACAUUUACAACAAGCCAAAAAUUUCAAGACACCAAGUUAAGGAUAAUCAGCAGUGAUGUGUUGUAUUUUUAAGUCAGACAAAUGCACACAUUGUUCUCAUCUUCACAAUCGUCAUUAUCAUAGACUCAGAGAAUGUGAAUCUCUGAGCACAUUUCUCCUCAUGGUACACCUCAACUGCCCCGAAUCUAGUGCAUUCUCACUACAUUGAUUACUUACACUAAACUACUGUAAGUGUUUGUUUAUUUCUUAUUUUAUAUAAUUUAGGUUUCCCCCCCCCAACUUUGGUGUUCCUGCCACAGUUAUUUUUGGGUCUGUGUGUCAGAAAUAUGAACACACACACACUAAACCGAAGGAGCAGCACAUCAGUGCCUCCCCUAAAUCUUAUGACCCUGAUCUCCUUUGUGUGACAAUCAUUUUUUUUUCAUCAUGCACUGUUAAGCAACAGUCCUUUCCCUUGUCACUAAUAUAAUUAUAUACAUGAAAGCACAGUCAUAUUCAAGAACAUUUUCUCCGGGGGGGCAUCGAAAGCAAGCACAAAUUGUCUUCAACCCGUGACCCUAGUGAGAAUAAGCGGUACGGAAAAUGGAUGGUAAUCUUUAAAUGUGUUUCAUUUAUGUGAAGCCUCCUUAAUCCCAGAUUUGGAGGUGUCACUAGUCUGCAGUUGAACUUCUGCAACAGAUAAAAAGACAUCUAACUUACUGUACAUUCCCACAGUCUGCGCUUGUUCAUACUGACAUGUAUCUCAAGUCAAUGUUUGUUUUCACAUCAUGUCUGCUUAUCAAACCGAUGGCCUUAAUAAACACAUGAAUCAAAGAAGACAGAUUUAUGUAGUGGUUAAGAUGUAUAUAAUCGUUCUAUUCUGCAAUAGAUUCCAUACAUACUGCAUCUUGCACAUUGUAAUUUAUUUUUACAAUGUGUCAAACCAAAUAAAAACCUGGAACAGAAUGUAAAUGGUAUUGCAUUGCUAUAAAAAGGUGUGAGGCCCCAGAGAAUUUGUAUACUCUAACUUUGCACACUAUAAAAAGAUUAUUUUGGGAAGGGGCGGGGGUUGCAUCGGGAUGCACAGAUAUGAUUUUCCUACCUGCCAAUUAUGUUUUUCCUCCACAUCAGUCUCAAUUUCUUUGUUCUGUCUAUAGUUUUGUUAUAUACUGUAUGGAAAAUAAAUGUUUUC